UGUUGGAGAAUCGAGAGCAAAGCAAUUACAGCCCAAUACAAAUGUCAUUAGUACCUCGAUCAGAGCAAGAGCGAUUGCCGUACAAGUGGGGGAAUCGUAGCCUCCGGCAACUCAGAACUCCGGCUCCAACCAUGACAACUCAAUACAAGGAGGAGAUUUGCGAGAGAUCCGAGUGCAAAAGUAAAUCUCCAACUUUGCUCUCCUCCUACUGCAUCGACAGUAUUCUGGGCAGAAGGAGCCCGUGUAAGAUUAGAUGUAUUGGAGCUCAAGCGUUGCCGCUUCUCACAGCCAGGAAUGAGCCGGACUCAGCUAGUGAAGGAUCACCCAAGGAAAACAUGUCUUUUGACUCUGAGCUCCAUUUCCCCCCGAAGUUCCGAAGACUAUACGGGCUGGGAAGUAAAAUCUUUGACGCUCGGGGAUUUAACGAGAUUGCUGACGAGAAAUUGGAGAGAGACAGGUCCUCCGAACCGUUCCGAAACACCGAUCUGAAAAUCAACCAGGCCCCACAAGUCAGCAUCAGCCGCAGUAAAUCCUACAAAGAAAACUUCAGCCUGGGCAAAACGCAAGGGGACAGCACACAGAACCUGGUCCCGGCUCCAGAGCUAAGUUCGGUGGAGCCCGCUGACAAGUCGUUCGAGGGAGAUGCGAAAGAGGACACGGUCGAAGACGACUUAAGCCCCAAACUUGUGGAGGAAGCGCAGACAGACGUGGAUGUGAAGGAUGGGGAAGACAGCCUGUGUCUAUCAGCCGGUAGUGACUCUGAAGAAGGUAUGUUAAAAAGGAAACAGCGACGAUACAGGACUACAUUCACCAGCUACCAGCUUGAAGAACUAGAGAGAGCUUUUCAGAAAACACACUACCCGGACGUCUUCACCAGGGAGGAGCUGGCGAUGCGGCUAGAUUUAACCGAAGCACGAGUGCAAGUUUGGUUUCAGAACCGCAGAGCUAAGUGGCGAAAGCGAGAGAAAGCCGGAGCUCAGAGCCAUCCGGGCGGUUUGUCCUUCGCCAGCCCGUUGGGAGCGGGACACCCGCUGGGACCUUACCUGGACAGUAGUCCCUUCGGACACCACCCGAGCCUGGAAUCAGCCUGGUCAGCCGCCGCAGCCGCCGCCGCAGCCGCCGCCGCAGCUUUCCCCGGGCUUCCACCUCCACCAGGGACCGCCGCUUUACCCCCCAGCGGGGCCCCGUUAGGCCUCGGCACCUUUCUGGGAGCGGCCAUGUUCAGACAUCCUUUCAUCACUCCGCACUUCGGCAGGCUCUUCUCGACAGUAACUCCGCUGACAGGCGCCUCUGGGCCUGCCCUGCUGAGACAGUCGGCCCCGGGGGUAGAAGGGGGAGUGCAGACCGGCGCCCUCGCAGACCCCGCGGUGGCAGCAGCAGACAGACGAGCGUCCAGUAUCGCAGCACUGAGACUCAAAGCCAAGGAACAUGCCGCCCAACUCACACAACUCAACAUCCUUCCCGCACCCUCCACUGGCAAGGAAGUGUGCUGAGUACACAGCGAGGGGCUUCACACACGCUGCUGAUCAAGACCAAAUUCAGAAAGAGGACCAGUUACACCGCGUGGAUUGGGUUCUCAGACUGUGCAUGCCCCCAUAGAGUCAGUAUCCCUUUCAUCACAUCAACAAGCCACACUUAAUAUCAAAAACAGCCAAGACAGAGACAGAAAGAGAAAAUCAAUUACAUUGUUUACAUAUAAGAUUUGCGAUAUUCCUACCAUUCUUAUUUCCCUGAAAGGGGAAGAUAGUAAUAGGAGCGCCUGAUUAAGAAUAUACUUGAGAGAAACUUUCUUUAAUAUACUGGUGUUUGAUCUAAUCAGGGCAGUCUUGAAAUUGAAAGAGCGAUGAAGUGUAUUCAAAACUCACGGGUAGUUUCCCAAUUCCUGGUGGCCAGGUUUAAGGGAUACUGUUUCUGAAUGAAUUGAGGUUGACUUUCUGCGACGGACGAGUUGUAUAGCAUACACGGGCAUACAUGCAUUGAUUACGUCUAGAAUUUUAUAUCUAUAUAUGUAUAUACAUCUGUGUAGCCAACCAACGGUUCGCUACUAAACCAAAGGGACAAAAAUACUGCCAAUCCGAGUGGACUGCUUAUUUCACUAAACUGUGAUUGAUUUCUGUACAUGAUGGUCGUUCUUCAGAAUUUCCAAGGAAAAUAAUUGUACAUUUUUUUUUAAAUGAAAAUUUGCACUCAGCGUGUUGUGAAAGUUUAUUCUCUAGAAUUACCAGACAGUUCUUAUACAGUGAUGUGGAUGUAUUAGGUUCGUAGAAUAAUUAUUUAUGGACAAACAUUUUAUUUAACUUAUUAACCAUAGAGGUUUCGAAAACCUUAUAAAAAGCAACUUGGUAUAUUACGUGUACUGUUGUAACUUCUUGAUAUGGGCUAGAAGAGUGGUGACACUCGAAAAUAAAAUGUUACGCUUAACAAGCUAAUUGGAGAAAGCGCUUAUUCUAAAACCUGAGUAUUUAUACUACUGAGCAUUUAUCCAUUGCGGACAAACUCACUACUAGAACAGAACAAUCGACUCAAAUUCAUAAUUAAAAAUAACUAAAAGCGCCAGUUGUGUUUCUGUCCAAAAUAGGUGCAGUCAGCUGAUAGGUAGUUUGUACUUUAUAGGCUCGAACCCUGGCAGGUUCCUGUCUGACUGUAUGGUGACAUUCAGGCUGCACAACAGGAAGGUGUUUUCCAGCCAGCCAUUCCGUUUCAGGAAAGUCCCAUUCAUUCACAAAUCACGCUUGCAUAUGCGUAUGUGCUGGCUAAUUUCUAAGUGUGAUAGUUAAUAAACACAACAUUGCAAAGCAAUUUAAACAUCCAUCUCGUUAAUUUCGAGAGGGAGAAAAAACUUUAAUAACACAACAUAACGUUCAGGUGGACCACAAUGUUCUUUGGGCCCAGAAUCCAAUUUGUCAAUGGAAGAAUGAAUACUGGCAUUUUCUGCACUCCCACAAGUAAUCCCUGCACUGGGUUAAGAUUAUUUCAAGCAUUUAGCGCAUUCUUCGAGCACUGUUGUUUUAAUGAACAUUGGCAGAAGUUGCUAGUAGUGUUCAUAGUCUUACAUCGCUGACACCACCAACAAAAAGUGGUUUUAUGGACUUUGCUCGGCGGAAUGUAAAUGAAAAGGUGUUUUAUUUGUGUUUCAUUUUCAAUUUCUGGAUACAUCCUUCCUAGACUAUGUUAACUAUCAUUUGGAAAUUAUAACAUUGAACCCUCAGCCCCACCACUAUCGCCGCUAUAAAAUGCUGCCAACAAGUAUUUGCUUGGAUGUCUUGCUGUAUCUGUGCUACUGAGCCACCCUACUAAACAUUCGUGUUCAACGAAUUCGCCGUGACGUGAUCGGUGACCGCCUUCCGCGUUAUUUGAGUCUGAGUGCUGACUUACCCAAUUGAUGGCCAAGCAGCUAAGCGCGAGACUCGUGGAGAGGUUACCUGGCCCAGAGCCACUCCAAAUAGAUGAUUGGAUAGGUUAGGUUUGCACGAUAAUCUGCUCCCCGGAUUAGAGGUGUUACAGAAGGUCGCCACGCGAAUUCAAAUAUCUUAUAAAUACUAUAUAGCAAGUACAGAGGGUAUACGUCUUUAGAAUAUGCUUAUUUCAUAUUCUCGAUAUCAUAAUAAGAUUCUGUUCAAGUUAAUGCCAGUAUGGAUCCACUGAGAAAGCUUCAGCUUCGAUUAUGUGAGGCUGAAAUAUAGGAAUAUACAGUUUCAAAGUAACACAGCCAAUGGAUUUUCCUAUUGAAUUCACCAAGGCUAUGGUGAAUGUGGGGACACUAAUUCCUGAUGUUGACACUAUUAAUCAAAUUAGAUGACACCUUUCGAAAAAAAAUCAAUCGGCUUGAUUGUGGCGUCAGUAUGGCAACAUCCAGUCUCUGAUUUCUGUACUAACCUGGCAAUUUUAUCAAUUCCUACCCGUUUAGCUUUAAAUAGUCCUUUCUCAAACAAAGCGUCAACUGUUGGCAUUGAUAAAUUUAAUUCUUUUCUCUUUCAAUACGGGGCGGGGUAUAAAUCAUCUUUUUUAUUGUUUUUUUUGGAGAUAAACAGUGUGUUGAACAGACCUUUAGUUUGGCAGGAACAAAAAUCAACUUGAUGAAAACAAAAUCAAGUUUUCAGGGCGAGCAAAAGAUUUAUAGUUUGUGUGAUGGAGGUGGGCAUGGGAACUUGUAGAUUCUUUACUGUUUCCGAUCCCGAGUAUGACAGCCAUCGCAGUUUUGAUUUCUGAACUGACCUCACCUCUGCUAUAUUCGUCACGUAAGAUGAAGUGUUUGCACCGGGAUGACCAACUCUUGUGUUAAACGUUGCCUGGCGUGGCCCAACAACCCCACUCUAGACUUUGAUGUACUCACGUCAUUACCCGUUUUGGACCAGGUAGCCAAUUAACACUGUGGGCGACAUAUCUUUAGGUUGAUAUCAGACCAGAACCUAUCCCUUUAUCUCAGCUAAUGAAUGUUUUUUAAAGUAAUUCACCCUCCCCCCCAACACCCAUCUGACCUCCACUCUAUAGUACUAAAUCAAAUUGCGUGAAAUUACGUGGUGGAUUAAAGUUCUUAUGGACGAAUGAAAGCAUCUCCCUCUUACUCGCCUUGCUUUACAACUAAUCCCACCUCAGUGAUGGUGCAAACAUGUAGAUCUCAGACUGUUCUUUCAUGCCUCGCAGCUGGUAAAGCAGCUAUUCUUUGCUAAAUAUUCACCAUAAAUAUCGCAUGUUAACGGCCGAUGACUCCCAUCAAGUCUAUAUUAAACAUUUGACAUGUCACGCAUGAUAAACUCUGAGUGUCUUUGAAAAAAAGGCAUUAGCAAAGAAACCAAUUUCUCGUCAGCCAAACCUCCCCAAGUGUUGAAUGAUUUCGUUUGAAAGAGCCAGUGAAGCGUAUUUACAGGGUUUUAUGAGAUUUUCCAGAAUGAUUUAAUCUUAUUGUGAACAUUAUUAAUGAAUAGCAACCCAAUUUGGCUCUAAUAUCUGGGAAUUCUUGCUACAAAACACGACGACUGUGACCCCCAACCUUAAGCAAACCUCCCUGGUGUUUUUGUGCUGCCUUCAGACUCAAGCAACUCCAUUGCACGGGAGCCAGGAUUCAGCACGCUCACACAAAUUCAACUCUCCCUCCAUUCACUGCCAAGCUCCUCACCAUCUGUUCCCAAAACCAGUUUCCAGAUUUGGAGAGAUUUCAAGUAGAGUGACAAGUCGUCUAUAUAAACAUGUGUACAUUUGCAUGCAUGUGUAUAGGUAGAAAGACUGUUGUAUAUAUGUAUACAUGUACAAAUUGUAUUGGUUAACGUGGAAAGGAAUAUAUGAUUCAGAUACAGGUUAAUUUUUUAUGCGCAGAUCACUUAAUAUUGAAGUUUAACGUAAGGGAGGCAUAAUAUAUUGUGCGCAUUAAUGAAACCAUGUAUGAAUAAUGCACACUUAGUGA